AUGGUCCGCGGCUAUUUUCGCGAUCUCACCCUCCAACCGGGGACUCGCGGUCGCGAUGUGGUGGAAGCGGUGGUUAAUAAGAUUCGCCGGUCCCGGGUUUUCCCUGAUGACAGGGACUAUCUCCGACGUUUGGCCUACUGCGAAAGCAGGUUCGGAGAGGACUCUCUGACCUAUCGCAAAGGUUACUUCGGGGGCAUCUGGCAAUUCGAUCGGCUCAAAGAGACGCAAUACGAUGAUCCCCAUACGAUCAUCAGCCCGGAGCUCAGAAGAAUCCACGCAGCGAUCUUGGACACCAUGGGCUUCGACUGGUUACGGGUGAAGGAAGAGGACUUGCUGAUGCCGUUCUACUCAGGGCUUGCCGCGUGCAUUCACAAUGAGCUGACACGCCUGUCUCGAGGUCCGAUCCCUUCCGACGUCGAAGGCCAGGAUCUAUGGUGGCAUAAUUGGUACAACCCGAGAAAGGGCAGGGUUGGAGAUUUCGAGGCGCGGGUACAGGAAUUACUCGAAGAAGACUUGCGUGGAACCAGCGGAAAGAUAGACAUCAUGAUGGUCGUCGACGGAAGCCAAAAUAUCGGAAAGACGGCUUUCAAGAUAGCGCUGGACUCGGUGGAACGCCUGGCGGGAAUAUUCGACCUCGACGAGGCUCACGUCGGUAUGAUCGUCUACUCAUUCUAUAUAUCCACCACGAUUUCGCUGAUGCACAAUUUGACCUCGGAGGAACUGAAGAGGGAAAUUCGAAAUACGGAAUAUCCGGAUGGAGAUAGCAAGAACACGUACCUCGGUAUGCUGGGAGCUAUCCAUGCUUUCAAAAGAUUACCGGAUAUUCGGCGAGAAAGCGGGGUGCCAAAACUCAUGGUGGUCUUCACCGAUGGAGUUCACGUUGUAGGGCCGGAUCAUGCCGUUGCGGUUGAAAUGGCCGCCAAAGCAGGUAUUAUAACCUGUUCUUUCGGAAUAGGCGAUAGUAUUGAUGACGGCGAGCUCCUGCGAAUCGCAAACAAUGACACGAAUUUCACGUUCAGGCAGGAUUAUCACGGAUCGUCGCAGGAGCAGAUAGUUCUGAUCGCUCGCCAGGUGAAGACUGUACCGCAAACGCCGAAAAUGGGAUCGGAAACGAUCGAGACGUUGAGGUAUGUCGGUGAGAAGAGAUACUAUCGAUUUGGGGUGCCAACGACUGGUACAACCAUCACGUUGAUCAACGAGGAGGGUGAGACCCGUGGCUACUGGACGUUCACUGCUCAUCAACCCUCCAGUGCCGUCCGUGAUGGCGUCAUAACAGAGGGGGAGACGUUCAUCAAACCGCCACUCCUGCUACUUGGCUUCACGUCGAAUAGAGAUAUCGUGAUUGUAUUCGAAAGUUUUGCGAACAACAGUAGAAUGAGGAUUUGGAUCGACGAGGGAGAUACUACUGGAACUGCUGCCACCAACAUCGACCUAAUGUUAUACUUGCGUAUUGUUAUUUUUUGCUCUAGUACAGCUCUUUUGAAAUGA